AUGUCUUCCUCUUCACCACCCUCUUUGAGUUCCUUAUCGACCGCGUUGUCUUCAGCCUCAUUCUCGCCCAAUCCUUUCAAUACAUCAUCACUUCCGUUGCGCACUUUUUCCUUGCGAGCUGUUUUUCGCGAAGAUCUCACAGGUUGGGUCUCACAUGACUUUUGUUCAUCUUUUCCUUUUUUAGCCGGUGUUCCAGCUCCUUCCUUCUUCGCUGGGGUUGUCCUCACACGCUUUGACUUCUUUGCCAUCGCUGUGUGCUUUCAAGAAGCCGCAGAGUACAAGAUACAAGCCCACUGCGAAAAUGUGUCCGGUCAGAGGGUUGCAAACAAGGACCGUCUGCUUGAGGCUGCAGCGGCGGUGGCGUAA